AUGAAGCCCUCCGACCGGUCCACAUCUCGGCUCACCAUCCCUUCCCCCAGCUAUGUUCCUCAAGCAGGCAGCCGCAGUCGCAACGGCUUUGCCUCCGCCUCUGGCUACCUGAGCUCGCCCUCUGCUUCGCCGCUGGUUGCUCGCUCAUACUCCCAGCUCAGCUCGCCGCUUUCCCCCAGUCCCCGGUCGCAGCCUCCGACCCCACUCGAGAUGCCCCGGGAGUUUGUCGAGAAUACCCCUGAGGCUAGCACGAAGCGGCUGCUCAUGCCCACCGUUCGUGCGGUUCGGAACCCCUCUUCUCCGCGCAUAUCCCAGUACAGAUCAUCCCCAUCGAAGAUUCCCCGGUCGCGCGCGGGGUCUGUGUCCAACCCUAUGCUGGUCGACUUGACCGACCGUGCAGCGCCUCCGGGGUGCCCAGCGGAUUGGAUUGGCGGUGGCUGUAAGUUUGAUGUCGUCGAAGACUUGGUUGAGUUGGAAGGAUACCAAAUAUACGCGGUUGAGAAGUGGGUUGUUGAACGCCGAAGACCUGUCAUAGUCUUGACCGUCUUUACAGGUGAUUCAAAGCACAAGAUUACGGUCACUGCAUUUAGCCCUUCGCCUUCAAGUCCAGAAGAGGCACAAUCCGAAUGGGACAUCGCCAUGCGAACCCUCCGCAGUGACGGUGCUCGUCCCAAAGAGGUGGGUCCCCUUGAUGCUUCUCUGCGCUACAAUGUAACAGAGGCGCACUGUGCUUCGCAGACCGGAAAGGGUGUACUCAUGGUUACUUCCCUAGCCAACUUCCGCUCGGAUUAUACCAUCGUGCAUAUACCACGAGGCAAUUUUCUUGAAGUACGGGAGCAGUUGUACACGAAUAUAAACCUCCUGCGCAUGGGAUGUAGUGGGCGCAGUGCUCUUACUCUAGAAGAACCGAGUGAUACAACAAAGGACCGGUUUGUUCUUAUGUAUCAUGUACCUGAUAAGGCGGUCGUGCGUUCUGGUGGUUCCUUUAAUGCAACAGUACUGGAGCUCGUCAAACUCAUACAAGCAGCACUGGCUAUUUUUGACAUGUUUGACCUCGUCCCAGAGGAACGCAAUGGUCUACUGUGCGACGUAACAUCUGAGGGUAUCAAGCGAUGGGUCACGGAUGUUGGAGAGCCCUGCAUGAAAGUUGAACACAUGGAACGCGUAGCAGAUCCGACACUUGUGGCUGCACUGCUUAGUCUGAUUAUGACCAUCCGCAACAAGCUGCAUGCUCUUGGACAUUAUGUUCCCAAGGAUCCUUUCUUGGACCCUCAGGGUUUCACUCGAGCUCUUGCCGCUUGUCAAAUGGCAAAGCCUCACGGGCCCAAUCUUGCACUAACGCCUUCUCCACGCGCGUCUUCACCUCCUGCUCGAAAUCCUAGUCCCAACCCUACUUCCACAAUCCCGUCCUCCAACCCUUCCCCUUUGCCACCUACCGUCUAUCUUUCUCACCAGUUUGUGGAAUCCAUUCAAUCUGCAUAUGAGAAGAAGACGCGUCAAACUGAGCCGUACAAAGUCCACCGGGUGCUGAUCAACAAGCUCGAUGAUCUAGCUUCCGAUCUGCGUACAGGCACGAGCACUGGCUCUGACGCAGAAGGCGGAGGAAGCGCUGCUGCAAGCGUCCUCAAUCCCACCGCUGACCUGGGUGCAUUUGUGAGAGUCGUCGUCGGCAAUUCGAGGGAUGCUCCACACAGUUUACGUUAUUUGUGGACCGGACGAUUAGAGGAGACAGACAAGAAGAGACGCGAGAAAGAGGCUUUGUGGAGUGACACUGAGCGGGAUCGGGAGGAGCGGGAUCGGGAGAGAGACGGGGAGAAAGAUGGCAGAGGGCGUGACAUCUGGGAUAAGGGUUGGAGAGAGAAAGGGAAAGAUAGGGAUGAGUUAAGUCGUGAAAGAGAAGUCAGGUCCUCAGGUGACGAGAGUGAAUCACUAAAGCCAUGGUCGGGCAGAGUCCAACGCAAGAUCGAGAGCUGGGCGGCCUUAGGACGGGGAAAGAAGCUUAGCGUUGACUUUGGCGCGCUAGGAAAGACGCUACUGGAUUCACCCCACCGAGGAGGCCAUUCCGAACAGUCCGGCCCCUCGUCUACGGUGCCUUCGGUAAGAAUCUCCGGAGACCCAGACGAAGACGAUGGUGUAUUGAGUAGCGGUCAAGUGUCUCCCAUUUACGAAUCAUCAACGCCCAUGAUGCUCGGCAUUGGAUCUUGGACCUCUGCGCAUCGGUCCACCAGCGAAUUGUCCGACUAUGAUCGCCGCGUCAUCGAGUUCAACAAGAAACGUCCUUCAAUGCGGCCCUACUACCAGUCACGCAUUGUUAGCUGGUCUGAUCCCCUUAGUGCGAAAGAGAUUGUCGACAAGAGCGACAGCAUGGACGAUAUGGACACACCCAGAGUUCCCAAUGCUACUACUUACGCGCGCAAGGAUGACGAUUUCUUCAGUGAGAUCGAGGUAGGUGGUUAUAUGCGAAGGCAAGAUGCCACAUUUGGUCGACCGCGGAGCCGUAGCUUUGAGGCGCCAGCAAGGCUCAAAGACUUGCGGGUGCUUCCUGCUGAGUGGAUGCGCAUCGACGUCGAGCUCUGUGGCCAGCUUCUUAUCCUGCAUCGACGUGAAGAACACCUGAAGAACGUAGUUGCCUGUCUCUCUGCUCUUGCCGACCGUGUGUCGCACACCAACACGAAGCUUCGAACGGACCACGAAGCCGCUCGCCCAGCGCUCGAGGGGCUGCGUGAGCAAGCACAUAUUUUACAACGUGUAGAGAUGGCCCGCGCUCGCACGGAUGCCCUUACACAGGAGACGCAGGCCCUUGCGUAUGAAUCUGCGCAGUACCUCGUUGAAGACCUAUGGCAUAUGGCCGUGCAGCCGCGCCGGCGGGUGAUUGCGCUUCGUGAACAAGUGUUCAGUACAGGCCGUCGGAUCUCUCCUCUCAGUCGUGGUGCCCGUGGGCGGUUCAGCCGGGUGCAAUGGACCUUGGACGGGAGAGAGCGUCUUGUCGAUGCGCUGGGGCGGACCGAGAGUGAAGCGGAGGAAGAGGAAUGGUUACCAUUCGCCGCCAGCGUCGACGAUGACUCAGAUACGGAAGAAGUGGACGAGGCGGAACACAAGUCCCUCAGGCCAACAUGGCUACUGAGAUUCUUCAAUUACUGGGGAACGAAGUGGGGUGCGUUGAGGGAUCCUGGUAAAGGAGAACUACUUGCUAAGGACAACUGCGAAGCCGAAAGAUCUAGAGAGGACACACCUGAGCGCGGAUUCAGUACAUCUCUACCCGAAUCGCCACCUAUUGCGGCACGGAUACGACAAUCCGGCAAGGAUGCUCAUACCACGAUGUCAUGA